CCCAAAUUUCCCAUCAUGGCGACAUGGGCAUUCGAGGUCUCAAUCUUCCAAUUGUCAUCGCGCAAAGGCAAUCUUGUGUUUCUUGGAGAAUUCAAUGGCCCUACCUAUCAACUGAUUCAAUCAGGGAUACGUCAACUUGGAUGACAUUCUGAGCUCCAGCAAAAGUCAGCUUUUCACUUGAAUAUGGCCGGUCUCGAUGCCCUCUUCCGGCCCGUGCCGCUCUUUUCGACAGCCACGGUUCUCCGCGUGGUGAUGCUCUACUAUGGCCUUUGGCAGGAUGCCUACUCAGCCGUUAAGUACACGGAUAUCGACUAUCUGGUAUUCACCGAUGCGGCUCGCUUCACCGCCCAAGGGCGCUCGCCCUAUGACCGCGAGACCUACCGAUAUACGCCUCUUCUGGCGUGGAUGCUCGUCCCCACGGCCUCGCAGGCUUGCUUCGCUUUCGGAAAGUUUGUCUUCGCUGCUGCCGACCUGCUGGCCGGGUACUACAUCGUGCGCAUCUUGGAGAGACGAGGCGCGGAGCAGGCGAAGGCUCUCAAGUUCGCCAGCAUCUGGCUGUUGAACCCCAUGGUCGCGACCAUCAGCACGCGUGGAAGCUCGGAAGGUCUACUUGGCGUGACGGUCAUGGCCCUUCUUUGGGCUGUCCUUGAUGGGCGAACAACGUUGGCUGGUCUUCUUCUUGGGUUCGGAGUUCACUUCAAGAUCUACCCCUUCAUCUACGCGCCGGCUAUCGUAUGGUGGAUGGACGAGGAUGCACUUGGGCGAAAGGAAACCAAUGCCCAUGGCAAGACCCUGGGAGAAACAAUCGCCAAGUUCCUGAACCCUGAAAGGAUCAAGCUGGCCGUAGUCAGUCUUGCAACCUUCAUGGGCCUCAAUAUCGCCAUGUACUCAAUCUAUGGGACACCGUUUCUGGUGCACACAUAUUUCCAUCACGUCACAAGGAUUGAUCAUAGGCACAACUUCAGUCCGUACAACAUCCUCUUGUAUCUGACCUCUGCAUUUCCGUCGACGUCAGCCAUCCGCACAGAAUCAGUCGCAUUUCUGCCCCAGAUCCUUCUGUCGACGAUCCUGAUCCCGUUUAUUCUGGCCAAAAAGGACCUCGCGACCUCCAUGAUGGCCCAAACCUUCGCCUUUGUAACCUUUAACAAGGUCUGCACCAGCCAGUACUUCCUCUGGUACAUGGUCUUCUUACCCAUCUAUCUUCCUAACUCAUCGUUCCUGAAGAACCCGAAGCUGGGAGUUACGGCACUGGCUCUGUGGAUUGUGUCUCAGGCGGCUUGGCUGCAUCAGGGGUUUCAACUCGAGUUCCUGGGCGUCAGCACUUUCUUCCCAGGCCUGUUCGCGGCAUCGGUGGGAUUCUUCCUCGUCAACUGCUGGAUUCUAGGUGUCAUAGUAAACGACGGCGGUAAGAGAACAUCGACACAUACGAAGAGAAGAUAAAGCAGUAGAUAAGCUAGCAUUAGGACGGCAUUACAUAGCAGAGAUGAACUCUUAGGCUGUUCGAGCUGAGCUCGCUAAUGUUGAGUGUUGAUGUCUUUAUUUUACCUAUCGUCGCGAUAAAAGUGGGAAUUGGAAAGGACAACGUCAAAUUGUAGCACCAAUAGAUUGGGCUCGAG